CAUUCUUGGUUCUUGCAACAUUCGUCGUACCCGUUUAUUUAGUCAAGGUUCGGUGGUCGACGAAGACAACAUCUUGUUACUGAGGUAGCUGAAUUUUGUUAAUGUGCCGAACGUGAGCUUCUGGGUCAGUCAAGCGAAGAGUUUCAAGAUGUCAGCAAAAGCGAGACACAAGUCAACAAGAAUGAUGGCUCAUCUUUCGCCUACGCCACUGCGAGUGGUACGCAUUCCGGCCACAGAUGUCUCUGCUGCUCGGUGCGCCGCGCGGCACGUGAGAAAGGCGGCGACCACCACCCGGCAGUUGUUUACAGUGGCGCCAAGUGUGCGGGUUGCUGAAGCGGCAAUGGAGAAGAUUGAGUUGAGAAACAGAACAUUCAUGCGUUGGCUCCUUAAGUGCGGGCGCCAGAGGAGGCAGCUGUUGUUGAGAGAGCUGCGUUCAGAUUUAGUGAACAACGGAUUUCACAAAUUGCAGCUAAGGAAGGCAUUAAGACAGCUUGCACAACAAACUGUUGUAAGUUUGGAGCGUCUUACCAACAGAGAGAUAGAUCUCCACACAAAAAGGAAAGUCACAAGUGACAGUGAUUACUAUGAAAGUUACACGCAAAAACAUUACAAAAAAUGUUAUACAAGCAGCGAAUGUAAUAAGCCUAAUGAAAAUAUGAAUGAAGAAAAACAUAAACAUAAAAAAGAUCAAGAAUGUGCAACGUAUAACCAUUUAACAGUCAAAACUGUAAAUAGUCUCAAGAGGAGAUGUGAAGGAUCUCAUCAUACGGUAGAAAAAUCUAUAGGGAGGGCAAAGUUCAAGAAGUUUAAGGACAGGACGGAGACAGAGUUGCACAAAUAUGAAAAAUCCACACACUUUACAACAGAGCAGUAUUUUUUUGACAAAACCAAUAUUAAAAAUAUGGAAAAAUAUGGCGACAGUAAAGGUGAAACUGCAAAGAAUAGCUCUAUAUUGCAGAUAACAAAGGAGAGACCUGACUCUUUUGCUGGAAAGAGAACAUCUGAUGCUAGUUGUAAUAUUGGGAGAGACUGCAGCUUUACAGAAGAAAAGCACAAGAAGAACAGUUACCAGGAUAAAGCCAGAUAUCCUGUCCACUCAGUAAAUAACACACACACUUCCAAGGCUACUGUGCAGACGACAGAAUAUCCAAGCAGCAAGAACUGUCAUGGUGUUGGACGUACAAUGCUGAAACUAGAUGUGUCUAAAGUUUUAAAGGAAACCAGUGUAAAUGAACAAACUGUUGUAACUGCAGCACCCACACCAGAAAUUAUUAAAGGAAUACUCUCAAGAGAUGUAAGCAUGGCACAGCAGUGUCAUGAGAGUGUCUUGUGUGAUCUGACUAGUACAUCAAGUAUUGUGGCCAAAAAAUCUGUGAAUAUGUGCAGUAGUGCAGAAUUUUUAACAAGCAGUAAAAAAAAUAAAUCCUCAGAACAAAUGCUCUCUCUGCCUUUGGGAACUUUUCGUCCAGAGAUUAGGACAUCUCCAAACAUACUUGAAGAUGGGGACAGAUCAUCUUCCCAUGAUGAUAUUAAUGCAAGGACAUCAAAUGACACAAAAAUGGAGCAACCUGUUGUGCUUCCUGUAUCCAUUGAUUUGAAAGAUGUGGCAAAUAGGGUUGAGUCUCUUACAGCUGUAACAGAGCAAAAAAAUGGUGCAGUUGUAACUUCCACUAUUGAAUCAAUGAAAGGAAAUUCUUGCACACUUUCUAAUAAACUUAGUACUGACUGUGAUGAUAUAGAUACAUGCAAGUCGUCUUCAAAAACUUCCGUUAAUGGACAAAUAUCAUAUAGACAUGUGCAAGAAUUGAGUGAGAAAGAAGUGGAGGACCAAGAGAGCAUUGAACGAAGUUUGAAACUAGAAUCAGGGGUUGAGUGUGACAGAGAUAAUCUGCAAAAUGUAGUAUGUGUUCCCUUUAUGUUUGAAAAUAACUCUAUUCAAACACAAGGUUCUCUGUCAUGUGAACAUCCAAACAACAUUCAUGGCAGUGCCAAGUUAAAUCACAGUACUACUGAGGAUCACAGUAAAAUGUUAACCAAGGUAGAGUUGGCAUCCUCAUCAACACUUGGUAAAUGUGACACCUCAGGCAAAGACAAUCUCUCUUUCCACCCAGCGCCUCGCACCCAGCUUGUAAAACCAUCAUCAGCAAAUGAUAAAGAUGUUGCUGUCACCAGAAAUAACAAAUGCAGGCUGUCACUUGAGAACAAAGUUAAUGAUUCUGCCACCAGUGAAUUGAAAGACAAUAUUAAGAGUAGUGCAGAAUCUGAAAUAACAUCUCCUGCAUCUUCUACUACAAAAACUUUUGUUGAAAAACAGGAUAAAAUGUCUCAAUCACUGUUCAGUGGAAGUACCAACAACCAGUCUGGACAUGCUACAACAAAGAGAGAAAAUAAUUCACCAGAUGGUUUUGUGAGUCCACAAAUUAGUGAUACUGUGCAUGAUAUAAAAGUGCAUAAUAAGACUAGCUGUUUAACUGUUCAGAGAAAUACAGCUAGAAGCCCAGAAACAAAAGAACAGUUGAGGUUGACACCUGUCUGCAGACAAAUACCUCAUGACAGUGGCAGCUCUAUGGGUAAGCAAGGUAGUAACGCUGAAAACGGCAACAGGAAAGAAUGUACUAUGCCAUUAGAACCAUCUAUUUCUAUAGAGGCAGUAGAUCAACUCAGGAAUAAUGGAGAGAGUCGUGAGUGUGAAUUCGUGAUAACUAAAGACCACAGUGUGAAGCACAUGUCAACCAAAACGAAAACGGCUGGAAAAACUGAGGCAGAAACCUUGCUAAAACGUCCAUAUAUACAUGAAGAGAGUGAAACAGAUAGCCAAGCAAAAUGCUUCAAAGAACAAUCAAGGGCUCCUGAGUCAUUUAAAAGGAAAUUGAAGUUGAGCCAGAAGUUUGAAGAGCUUUUUGGUGCUGAUGAAUGUGAGGCUGACAGUAUCACUGGUGAACAGAAAAAUGGCCAAAAAAUGUGUAAAACAAAAAAUAUUUCAGAAGUUAGUAAAGAAAUCCCUCAGAUUGGAAACAAGUCGACUGCUUUACAUACCACAAAGCAAUUGCCUGGAGAAGGAGAAAGAAAAUUAAUGCCUUCCAACAGAGGAAUCAGAGUUGCUAAAAAAUCUCCAUUGUUCCUUUGUAAUAAAACAAGAACUAUUUGUAAAGGUCAGCCUAUAGGUUUUGUGUCAAAAGUUAAAUUGAACCAAAGAAAGGAACAAUCUUUGGUAAAUGCAAUUGCAAAAAGAGGCAGCAGUGAUGAAACUGUUGCUGGAAAGAGUCAAGAUUCAGAGAGAAGUCAGUCUGCUAAAGAGAAAGUUAUGCAGAACUGGUUUUCCGAUGCCACCAAUCCACCUGCUUGUUCCAAGAGCAGACUUAUGACAAAAGAUACAGCAGUUAAUCCUCAUAAUAUACCUUGGCUGUUGAAGGAAGUUGAUUUAUCUAAUGUAUCUAUUAAAUCAAGAAAACACUAUUUCAGACAGAGCAGUGUAGAACCCCAAAAGCCAGUAGUGGCUAAAGUGGGAUUGCAUAAGAGAAAUUCCUUUCCUCCCAUGCCAAAUAAUAAGCAUGCUGGUACAGAUGAACCGACUUUUGUCAGGGAAGAUAUUUUUUCUUCACCAGUACAAGUACGCCAUCAUUCAGACACUGAACUUAAUGGAAUGAAUGUGAAUGAUAAGCCAGAAAGGCGAAUUGAAUCUUGUGAAUCAUUGUUGACUUUAGAAACCAGUAACGUGUGCGAGGAAAUUGGAGCACUUAGAAAUGCUGAAGGAGAAAGAGAUAUUUGUACAUUCAGUGAAAAAGAUGUGUUACCAGAUUCACAUAAAAUUUCACCUAGCAGUGAGAAAGUAGAAAUUGAAAAUGCGGAAGUGUUCCUUACUUCUAUGUUUGUUAAGGAUGAAGAAAAAGUUCUUGAUCAAAAUGAAGAACUUGUAGCUGAACCACUUUCUGCAGAUAUUUCAGACGUAGAUGAAAAAACAUUUCAGUGCAAUAAUCUGGACACAUCAGAUGCACAAUGUUGGAUUAAAGCAGAGUUCAGUUCUGUAGAGUCUUUCCCUGAGUUGAACUCUGUGAGCCUUAAAUUACCAAAUUGUGGGCAUUCAGAUGCUGAAACAGAGAAUGGAAGUAGCCCAAAUUUCUCUCUUCCAGAAUUGGAUCCUGUGAACUCAAGCUUUGGAAGCAGAAAUGACACGAAAACUAUAGAAUCUACUCCAUUAGGAGGUGGUAGCUCUUGUGCUCUUGUAGUGGGGUGCGGUAACAACUUGGAGUCUCCUGAGAAAGGUAGUGCAGAGAAAGAGAUUAUGGAAACUAGUAAAGGAAGGGCUACAACUGAAAGGCUGUGCUCAGAAAUUGUGCACACCAAUGAAAGCGGAAUGAGUGUCAGCACAAAGGAAACGGAACAGACAUCACUUGCAGGACCAGAAGUUAAUUUAGUCAUUCGCACUGGGAACAAAGAACAGGGACCAAAAGAAUCAAGUGCUGUAAUUACAGAGGAAGAGAGGAGGGACAUUGGUACUUUGAAAGGGAAAGUAAAUAAUUUUUCAAACGAAGCUAGUAGCAAAGCCAGAAAAGAAAACCUUAGAGUGAUACAUAAUGCAACAGGAAAUGAAUCGGGCAUAAAUAAGAAAAAACAAGAAAAUCUUAGAAGCGAGUUGCAGCUAGGAGAAAAGAGGCUGCAACAUGAUGAUGCAGGAGCUAUACCUAAUAUUACUAUGGCUGACUGUUCUCCCUCACUUAAGAUAAAAAUUGGGUCAAUCAGAGUGAAAGAUCCAUUGAGCUUAGGGAUUGGUUGUAAACUUUCUGAAUCUGAUGCUGCUACACAUCUAAUAGAAAAUUCUGUGAAAUCGUUCCCUACACAAAUUGAGAAUGAAUUCACUGAUUUAGCUAGUCUGUUUGUUACUGGCUUUAUGGAUAUCGACAGGUACAAGGCUCGGAUGAACGAUGCUGAAAAGCUGCCUGAAACAUCAAGAGAUAUUGAGCUCACAUGUGCCAGAACAGAUUUUGUACAUUCUGUGAGAUCAAAAUGCAGGGUUGUGGUAAAUAAGGUAAAAUUUUUGAAGUUUUUUUUCCCUGAUAAAUUUGAAGAAGUUUUGCAUGCUUUUGUCAAUAAAAGAUGGCAGUGUACGACUCAAGAAUUAGCUGAGUUGUACCAAAGAUUCCUUAAAGAGCAAUCAAAGAACCUCAGUGUAGGCACUGAAAAAAGUUCUUAUACACAGAGUGAGAAAACAAAAGUUAUUGUGAACAUUGAAGGCGGAAACGAUGCACCUUUUGAAUCACAGUCAUUUGUGUGUGAAGUUCAGAAUUCUCAGAAGCAUUACAGCAAAACUGCCACAGCCAAAAAUGUAGGUAGAGAUGAAGAAACUACGGGAGUUUGUAUUCAGUCUGGUAAAAGCUCUUGGGAGAGAACUUCCUUCACAAUUCCUAGUGUGAAUAGGCAUGGAUACCAACAUAGUGUUACAGAAAUGUCACCAAAUGUGACUGUUCUGUCCCAGCAAAGCAAUGUUGUUGGAGGUAGUUCAGCCUACAAUUUAACCAUACACCAGAAAGUGUUAGGAACUGAUAACUUGACUACAGAUACUUCACAGGUUGGUUCACAGUCUACAAAUAAACCAAGUGAAGAAGUGAAUGAUGCAGUAAACGCUUACCACAGCUGUAACAGUCGACAGGGAAGCUCGAACAAUGUUAACGAAGGGAUUAAUUCAAGUUUACAGCCAGUUAUGAUGACCAGUGACACAAGUUUACAUGCAAAAAAUAAAAAUGCAAAUGACAUUGUGUCUUCACAGACUGAAAGACAGGUUACCAUGCUGACCCCAAGAUCAAGGCAUAAUUGCUCUGUCAGAGAGACUUCAUCAUGUACCUCCAUUUUAAAUGACAAUGGGUUAAUGAGAGCUCUCAGAUACCAUACAACUCAACACCAGCCAGCAUCUAUACAGUCACUUCAGUCGCUAAUUGAGCAGAUGCCUGCAAGUCGAAGACAGAUCAGUCACAAUGUAUCAGAACAGUCAGAAGUUGGGAUCCUUUCUCAAGAUCAAAAUCGGCUAAGUUUCCCACCUUCGGGCCAGCCGCAGCAUGGGUCCCCCGCCCCGGGCCAGCCGCAGCACGGGUCCCCCGCCCCGGGCCAGCCGCAGCACGGGUGCCCCGCCCCGGGCCAGCCGCAGCACGGGUGCCCCGCCCCGGGCCAGCCGCAGCACGGGUGCCCCGCCCCGGGCCAGCCGCAGCACGGGUGCCCCGCCCCGGGCCAGCCGCAGCACGGGUGCCCCGCCCCGGGCCAGCCGCAGCACGGGUGCCCCGCCCCGGGCCAGCCGCAGCACGGGUGCCCCGCCCCGGGCCAGCCGCAGCACGGGUGCCCCGCCCCGGGCCAGCCGCAGCACGGGUGCCCCGCUCCGGGCCAGCCGCAGCACGGGUGCCCCGCCCCGGGCCAGCCGCAGCACGGGUGCCCCGCCCCGGGCCAGCCGCAGCACGGGUGCCCCGCCCCGGGCCAGCCGCAGCACGGGUGCCCCGCCCCGGGCCAGCCGCAGCACGGGUGCCCACCUCAGCGCAGGGCCCCGUUGCCAGGCUACCUACAGCACGGGUGGACCCCUACAAGCCAGCAGCAACACAUUAAUGUGACUUCUGGACAACUUCAAAGUAGCCAAAUUUCUUCAAAAUCAAAAUCAGUUUUGAUCAGGUACCUGAGCCGUCCGAAAGGUGGUGCCCAGCCUUUAAAUACAAGCCAGUUGCAAGAGGGGCGCAUGCUUUCAUACACGAGCCAGCCGCAGAUGGGUUGCAGGCCAUCAUACCCGAGGCAGGCACAAGCAGGACUGCUCCCUUCAUACCAGAACGGAGGGCAGGUUGAACAGCUGCUUUUGAAACAGAUCCCGCAGCAAGACAGCUACUUGCGUUUGAACCAUUGUCAACUGCCUUCCUAUCAAACACAGCAGCAAUAUGGAAGUCGGCUUUCAAGUCAAAAUCAUACAGUGGCUAACCACAUCACUCAGGGCCAGGCUGUAAAUGGACACCAAUCUUCAAAUCAGAGCUUGCGUUCAAGUCAGAAUCUUUCCAAAACUGGAAACGUACCUGCAAAUCAGAGUCAGACGCAUUGGGCGCAUGUGUCUUCGAAUUCAAACUCUGUCCGAACUGGAUAUAUGCCUUCGAAACAGCCUCAGGUUGGGAGUAUACCUUCAAAUGUAAAUCAGCCUCACUUUGAGUCUUCACAUGUGAGGGAUUUACAGGUCAAGCGAGGCUAUCAAAUACCUGCAUAUGUGAGUCAGUUGCAGACUGGACACCAAACUGCAGGUCAAGAAAAUUUGAACCAUCAACAACUAAACCGAACAUUCCAGCAAAUGUCAUACAGUACUACACAAGCUAGUCAAGUGUCUCCUGUUCAUACGCAAGCCACUCAGAUGAUACACCAACGAAAGCUUCACCAAAUAGCUCCUAAUUUUGAGCAAACUCGGAGUAUGGUGGCCACUGUGCCACAGGGUGCACAGUUACCACCCUACACAGUUCAUGUGAGCCAAGUUCCUGCUAAUCCCACAAAUACAGCAGUUAUGGGACACAUGACUGCAAAUUGUGGAAUGACAGGUCUUGUUCUCUCACAACAGAUUGCAGCUGUUCCCCCUUCUUCGAAAGUACUGGAUGGUUUAUGUUUUUCUGGUGCACAGGCUGUCACUGUUCAGAGUGGAACAACCAGCACGACUCUCAUUAGUACUCAUCAGAAUACAUUUCAGAGUGCACCAAAUGUUAAUUCUAUAAGGAGACAAGGCAGUAGUCACUCGGAAGGAAGAAUUGGGUAUCAAGGAACAGAGACGUCAUUACCUUCACAUAUGUCUUCAAGUGUUGAAGAUCAAGGUAACCGUUUGUCAUGCCUAGCUGUAGGACAGGAUUGUGGAGUGAAAGAAACACAGUCAGCAGAUGAAAAUAGGGGCUUUGCAAAUUUACCAGCACUUGGUAGACAACCAGAAAACCAGCAAGAUGUUAGACUACAGUGUAUUGAGCAGCAGAGUAACAAAACUUCUUUUGUUAUCCAGAACAAUAGAGCCUCAAAUAGUAGAGCACAACAGAAAAUUGCAUCUACUUCUCAUGUUCAUGUAAUAGGUGGAAGUCAACGGACAAUACCUUCAGGAACCCAGGGAACUGGAAGCCGUGGAUACACUGUAUCUUCUGCAAAAAUCAUGACUGCUGAACCUCAGAGUGCUGAAGUUAUUUUUCCACGAACUGCAGAUAGUAGUGGUGUGAAUUCACAGGUACAGAAGUCAUAUAGAACAGCUGCUAUGUGUGAAAUACCAAACAGUUCACAGCCAGUCAUUUGUAACACGAUGUCACAGAACAGUGUGGCAGGGUCUUCUGGAGAAUGUCCACAUCAACAGGUCCAUAUCUCAAGACGACACCCUAAUAUUUUAAGUACACAAUCUACUAAUCCAAAGAAUCUAUCAUCCCUUGUUAGUACUUCUGCAAAACAAAGUGGCAUGCUUUAUGUAACAAGUUCUGAAAAUAAUGAAGUUCCUACUAACAGUUCUGUUCCUAGUCUACAGAAAGCUGCUACAUCACAGUCACAGUUGGUAUUUAGAACUCUGGGAAUAAUGAGACAUGUAAGUUCUGCUCCUGCAGUGUCAGUGUCAAGUACAGAUUCUUUGGAGAGAGACACUCAGGUUACUAGUGCAGAUAAGGACCAGCAUGCAUCCCGUGUAAAGCUACCACAGACUGUUGUUGCUAAUAAUUCUAAGGAUAGCUCUCCAUCUGCGAGAGCAGAAGCAGAUAAAUUAUCACAGCAGAUUUAUACUGACACGGUAGCUACAUCUGCAUCAACUCGAACAGAUAUAAUUAAGAGUGGAAGUACUUCAUGUCCGGCUGUUAGCCCACGUGCUUCGGUUCCACAUGAUCAUGCACCUCAUUCACAUUCAGUAUGUGGUAGUAGUAAUGCAGAUUCAGUAAAUGAAGGCAACCUGUUACAUUCUUUAGAACACCCUGAUGUGCUUAAUGUUUCAUGUGCAACAGGUGUAAAACAAAGUAGACCACCAUUGACUCAGUGUGAUAGACAUACAGGACAGAGUCCUGUUACUGUGAAAGACACAAACACCUCUUCCACGAGUAAUAACAACAGAUGUUUACUGCAACCUGCAGGUGACGAAAAUACUGAAAUACGCCACAAUUUUCAGGCAAGUGCUGUGCAAAUGAAAAUUCCAGUAUCAUCUAGUGACAUUUCAUAUUCUCCACAGUUAUUUGAUGGCUGUAAAACACAAUCUGAUCAUGAGAAGGCAUCUAGCCCCAACAGUGUAACAUACGACGAUGUCAGUCUCAGUUCUGGAGCUUCGUCCUCUAUCGGUCCACCAAUAAUGAACUCUAAAAACAAUACAUACUUGGAAAAAUUGAGUGGUGCACAUGCAAUGACGAGCUGUACUGCCUCUGUAAAUAUUGUGUCAAUUUCUGCUGCUAAGACCGUGUCUUCUGGGAAUGGAAUGGACACAAACAAUUCUUCUAUAACUGAAAAACAAGGGAAUGCAUCUUCAGCUUUUUUUAGUUCAAAAGAGGCGGAGAGCUGUAAGAAUUUGUCACAGCCAGAGAGGACACAGAAUAUACAGGGAAAUACCCCCUGUGAGUCAAAAACAGUCGAUGGUGCCAAUGGAAACAUGUCCACUGUGAGGGUAGAGACUAUUUCUAACACUGGUGCUAAUAAAAGUGUUGCUCCUAAGACAGAUGAGGUAGUCCAGGAAAGCAAUAAACAGAUGAGUGAGAUUUUUGACAGUGACUGUUUUCCAGCAGCAAAUGCUGUGCAGCUUAAGCAUAUCUUAACUUCUGAAAGUAUAUCUAAUGUGACAGAUCAUAUGGAAGAGAUGGAUGUCAAAGAAUUUAUAGAAAGUGAUCUUUCAGUUAAUUCAGAAAUGUCCUUAAAACUAAUGUCUCGAGUUUGUUUUGACAACAAGAAAGAGCUCACCUCAGAUUCAGCUUAUUUAGAAAUUAUGGACGGGAGGAACCAGUGUGCUCAAACUGUUUCAGCUGAUGUGAAUAUUGUCAACAAAAAAAAUAACGUGCCUUUAGAAAAGAAAAGUGGAGUGAACAUUGAUACACCUGCAGUGACAGGGUCUACUGUUUCUGAAGAUACUGCUUUGAAUUGUGCCACCAAGGCAAUGUCUCCUGGAUAUGAUGCAGAUGGAGAGAAUUCGUUCUUAACUGAAAAAAGAGAGAAGACGAUAUCGAAAUUAAGAAGUCCUUGUAUUGUUAGCUCUAGACAGUCACAGAAUUCUGAUUUGGAUAAUUCAGAGUCUGAAAUAACAGUUGUAAACUGUUUGUCUGAAGAUGAUGAUAUUGAGAUCAUUGAAGAUUGUAGUCCUGUACAGUUCCUAGGCUACAAAUUUGCAAAAGUUGGAGUAGCCACAAAAACAACUUCACGGAGCCGACAUAUCAGUGUUGUAGCUCCUGCAGACUCAUUUACCAAACAUCUCUCUUCAAAAUCUGAAGACAUCAGUUGUGCCAAUGACACACAAGAAGCAGUUGGUGACAGUACUUCAGCAAAGACUGGAAGCAAAGAUACGAAUAAUGAAACUUCAGAGACACAAUGUCUCAAAAUAGUAUCUGUUGUAUCGCUGACAUCAGAAGCUAUGGAGGAAAGUGAAAUCCAGUGGCCAUCAUCCCCAGAGCCAAGAACAGUCUCUAGAGACAGUGGAUAUACGACACCAUCAGAAGGGGCAGGUCAUGAUGCUCAGGAGAUUCACAUUGAUGGUGAUGUUCAUUGUGCCUUCUGUGACAACACAGCACAAAUUUUAUGUACUGGGUGUUACAUUACAUGUUACUGCAGUGCUGAUUGCCAGGCAAGGCACUGGCGAGAAGUCCAUUAUGAAGAAUGCAAACAACAAAAUGCUGUUGGAAACAACCAAGUUCAUUGAUGCAGAGUGAGGAAAAAAUUUUGUGUACUAAAUUAUACUAUGACAGCAGUGAUCUCUCAUUGCACUUCAUAACUUACACUGCCAUAAUUUUUUUUAAGUUUAAGAAAUGAAAACAUUUUUUAUUGUACUGAUUUAGGAUUAUUUCAUACAGAUGUUGGAAAUGAUUGACUGUGUUGGCAGUUAAGGCCUGUAGCAUGAAAAAAGGAUUCUUUUAAAGGCCAUUAAUAUGUGUUGUGGUAUUGUAUCUGGGAGAAUACCUGUGACUCCCAUAAAAUGAUUUUCUAGAGAACUAAUAUGUGAAAGAGUGUCCUUGUGUUUCAGGUGUUGAAGAUAUUUAAUGUACAAAAUUUUUAUUUUACUAACAUUAUACUGUGUUUUUGUAAGUAUUGUAAAAAAUUGUUAGUAAUUGCCAAAGAUUAAAGUACAGAAGUCUUUCAGUAUUUGUUUUUAUGGUACCACUAGUGCUCAACAUGUUGUUUGUGGUUAUGUGUCUGAUGGAGGAGGGGGUAUGGGAACUGGAGAAAGGGAAAAGGGGGGUGUCACGUGUGGAGUCUUUGUUUUUCAGUUAUCACUUAGUUUUGAGUGAUACAGAUGAUUAAAAAUUGUAAGUGUGGUACAGAACAAAUUUUACAUUUUGGAACAGUUCAGAUACUAUAUAGCAGUUUUGUAUUUACAGCCUGUGCCAAACACUGGCACACAGUUUUUAAUCAGUAAGUAAGUUUGAGUAGUAUUAUGUCAAAAUAAUACUUGAUUUGUCUAUCAGGGCAGAAACAGAAUGAAAUGUCAUAUUUCUAUCUACUUUUGUAAUAUUGAAUAGUGGCGAUUGAACAAGACAAGUUCGAGGCUUAACUUAACUCAUCACCUUUGAUGAUUUGCUGUUUGCAAUUGUUUGUAGCUCCAUGUGGUGUGUAAAAUUUGGGUUCGGAGUGUGAACAUCCCUCCCUUCCCCCUUCUCCAGUACUGAAAAUUAGUUUUCUACUGUUCACCUUUGAAGAAAUAAUGAUAGCCCAAAGAAUAUCAGUUUCUGACUUCCUUCAUUGAAAUUUUCUGCUGUUUCUGUGUUUAAAAUUUAUAUACUCAUGUUUUGCUCAUAUUAUAGUGUUUAUUUUACUUGUUAAUGUUGCAGGAGCUUCAAUUUUUUUUUUUUAAAUAAUUAUCUUGUUUUGUUCUAUCUUUUGCACAUUUAUUACAAGACUGAAUUAUCUUAAAUGUUUGCUGUGUGUGUGUGUGUGUGUGUGUGUGUGUGUGUGUGUGUGUUUCGUAUCUGUUGCUCAAUAUUGAGAGUAGUUGGAUAAGAUUUACUCUUAAAUGUAAAGAUGAAACUGGUGUAAAUAUAGUUGAAUGAUUUUGUGGACAUUGUGCAAACGCUCUGAUUUACUUUUGAAUACAAUUUUCCUAAUCUUAGGCAAUGAAAAGGUAUUAAAAUGUUAUAUACAUGUACUACAAAUGUAAAGUUGCUUUAGUAUCCCUCUCCCAUUUUUUUAGAACUAAUUUGGAGUUUGUUUAUAUAUUUACUAGAGAUUAUUGAUACUGUCAUUACAGAGCAAAAACAGAUGUUAUUCUACAAAGUUUUAGUCCUCACCUUUCUUAAAGUUAAAAAAAAUGAAGCUGAUGUAUGUUGUUAAAUACAGAGGGUAUGGGAAGUAAUCUCUUUGUUACCCUUCCAUUCGUUUCUGCUAAUUUUUAAUGUGUUGUUAAGCUGUCAUUUUUCAAAUUGCUUUAACUACUUGUACAAAAUUGUUCACAGUAUUUUACUUUUUUAUUUAAAGCAACUGUUUUCAUUCUGCGUUGAGCAAAAACUGUUUUCCUUGCCCAAGAAGUUGCUUGGAUAAAAUGCAGACGAAUACAUUUAUUUUUGUGCAGUUUCAUAUAUCUGCAUUGUUAUAUUUGCAAAUUGCAUAGAUUAUUUGUCAUCAUUUCAACAUGCUUUAAUAACACAUUAUGUUAUUAGUGAUAAGCUCUGUAUUUUUAAUUUUUUAGGAAGUAACUAUCCCAAUUUUGUACUUAAUAUUUUCCACAUGUAGAUACAAAAGGUCUUCAGUGAUGUAAUUUCUGUUCCCUUUGUUGUUGGGAUGUUAGGUUGUAAUAAAGGUGGGAGCUGAUGUAUGAUGGACAUCAUCAUCACAUUUACUGGCUUCAGAAAUAAGUAUUUGUGUUUCAUGUACAUCUAAUGUGACAACUCAUUAAUUUACCUUUCAUUGUUACCUUUGUCAGUCAAAUGCCUGUAGUCUUCUCAUUCUGUGCUAUGCGUAAUUCAGUUGUUGGCAGAAAUUGCUUCUCUUAACUUCAUAAAACUAGUGCACCUUUUAGGCUUGUGUAGUUCAGCAGUUUCCUAUGCCUAAGCCACAGAUCUACUGUCACUUUCCUGUUACAUAACUCAUUAACAGUAUAUUGUAACAGAAGGUUAAAGGACGCAUGAGUGAGUCACUCACUGCUGAUACAGAGUGAAUGUUGUGAAGUGGUCAGGCAUAUGAAAGUUGAAGUUGCAUUGGACAUGGCUUAUGGAUGGACACACACACACACACACACACACACACACACACACACACACACACACACCUACCUAUCUACCUAACUUUUCCACUGUUCAAUUGUAUUUACCAUAAAAUUGUUUUUCAUUACAUCAUUAGUGUCUGUGGAUGUCAUACUGCCUCAAGCUUCUCUUCUUCACACCUAUCAACACGAGGUUUUGACUACAGUUAACUCUGAAAUCACUCUUUUCUGUAUGUUAAUCUUUAUUCCCCUAACUUAAUGACUUCUUGAAGUGUCUGCACCAUCUACUUCAUAGGCAGCAUUUGUUGUGCCAUUGGCCUGUAUUUAGAAAUAGCAGUUUGGUGUUUCCCUGUUCCCAGUAUUCAUUCCUAUAGCAAAGGUCAUGAGUGUAAUGCUUAAAUAUUUCCCCAAGACCACCUUUUUGUUUGUGUAUUGUUCUUCGUUAGUUGCCUGGGUGAUUUUCAAAUGAAUAUUUCUUUUAGCUCUACUCUUAAAAUUCUUCUUUUAUGUAUUUGUAUGUAAUGUAUAUCAUUUUAGUUACAUUUAGAGAGUGGAUUGAUACUGCAUAGUACAAAAAUGAAGAAAAGUCAGUUAAAUUAGUGCCUUCUGUGUUUAAUGUCCAUUUGUCAUCCACUGAGAACUCACUUUGUGACAUUACAGUAUUAUUAAUUCAGUGGUGAGUUGUUGUUCCUAAUUGUAGCAAGAAGGGACGUUAUGAUAAAUUUAUUUUUUAUUGUUCUCAAGGUCUCACAGGUCCUGUAUGUGAGAUAAGUAGACAAUAUUUCAAUGGUGCAAAAUGUUGAAACUAGAUUUAUCAUUGAUCCUUACAGAAAUAAAUGGGAGACAGCGUGUGAGAGACCAGAUGUAAAUAAGUAUUGCAUUGCUAUGUGCUUGUGCAGGUGAAAGGACACUUUCCAGUGUUUGUACAAAAAUGUAUCUCUGUGUACAUAUGAUGAUCUUGCUGCACUACACUUUAUAUUUUGUGUUCCUAUAUAAAUGGAAAGUAUAGACAUGUUAUUUAUUUGAAAUUAUUAUUUUUAUAUAAAUAUGAAAUAAAUUUUUUUACUUUA